AUUAAUUCCUAGUUUUUAUAUUUGUUCUUGCUAUUUUUCUUCAAGUUCUUUUGGAGAAGAAGCUAUUUCUCUCCUCUACAAUUGGUUCUAGCUAAUGUUGAAUAAAGGGAAUUCUUCAUAGGUAACAGUUUGAAAAAAAACACGAAGAGUCAUGACCAAUUUAGAAUUUGGAUGGUAGGCCGGCAGAAACAUCCACCUCAAUGCACAUCCUUGCCAUGGACGACUGGGGUAGCCUUAGGGUAGAUACAUCAAUUUUAAUCGGUUUUCCUAUCAGACUAGCAACUAAAAAAAAAAAUAUUUUUUCCGAAUAAAUGAAUGGAAAGCUUGUCCAGGAAGAUCCAAAUCAGAGUUAUAGCCGAUUCAGUGUUUGGCAUGAAAUCACAGGAGCCGCUUCUUCAUGUCUCCCAUCUGGUCUAAUCUAAUCUGCUCUGCUCUAUAUAAAUCUGGUUUGGUCUGGUCUAAUCAGGGGUUGAGAUUUUCCGCUGUCCUUAUAAACAUGGGGUUGGAGCAACAGAUUAUACUGAUUUUAAGUGUUCUAACGCUUGGGAUUGCAACUACGUCGGAGGAGAUAGCGUUAACGGAUGAACGAGGUGCGGCUAGGAGGUUGUAUCGAGACUGGAUUGUGAAGUCAUGGUCGGCCAUUCUGACGGUGGUGGAGUUGGUACUCACCCAUAUUGCAAGAGCUUGUCCUCCUCCGGAACCACCUCCAUACCAGGAAGAGCUUUGUGGAAAGAUUUUAUUUCAGUGUUAUUUUCUCUUUAGUAGCAUUUUUUUUCUUUAGCCCGAGUACAUUUGGCUUGAAUGUUUGGAUUUUUGGAGUUCUUUUGAUGAGCAGGGUUUCGGUUCCGAUCGUUUUAGGCCUAGAUUUGCC